UAUUGUUAUGAUAUAUUUUUAUUUAUUUAUUGUUCAGUUGUGGUACUGACUGAAGUUGAUAGACUCACUAAAGAUGCACAGCAUGCAUUGAGACGAACAAUGGAACUAUACACAGGAACAUGUCAUCUUAUACUAGUCUGUAACUCAACCAGUAAACUAAUACCAGCCAUCAAGAGCAGGUGUUUGGCUGUUAGGGUCCCCGCUCCAACCAUAGAUGAAAUAUGUAGUGUCCUACAGUAUGUUUGUCAUAAAGAAUCAUUGACUAUACCAGAUACACUAGCUAAGAAGAUUGCAGAGAAGUCUGAGAGGAGCCUUCGUAAAGCUAUACUGCUUUGUGAGGUGUGCCGUGUUCAGCAGUAUCCCUUCAAUGAUGAUCAGGUUGUCCCUGAUUGUGAGUGGGAGGUUUUCUUACGUGAAACAGCUGCAAUGAUCAUCACAGAGCAGAGCCCUAAGAGGUUACUUGAAGUAAGAGGACGUUAUUAUGAGUUGUUAACUCAUUGUAUAUCACCUGAUAUUAAUUUUAAAAGGAUACUGAAUGAGCUGGUUGCUAACUGUGAUGGUACAUUGAAAGCUGAAGUGACUCAAUUAGCAGCUCAGUAUCAAGCUCAGUCACAACUGGGUAGUAAAGCAAUCUUUCAUCUUGAGGCCUUCACAGCAAAAUUUAUGAGAAUAUAUAAACAAUUUUUAGAGAAAGGACUGGAGAGUAUGGGCUUCUGAUAAAUGAAUAAAUAAAAUGCAUAUACUUAUAAACACACAAAUGCACAUCAUUUAUAGUGAUAUCAUACUAUUGUGUGAUGUAUGUUUCUUAUAACUCUCCGGUCACUACAGCCUGAAAUUGCA